AUGGACAGCGCCUUUGCUACACCCGUCAAACAGGUGCUCGCCAACUUCAACGUCAAUGACCACGAUGGUCUGACUGACAAACAAGUUGACGAGCUACGUUCCAAAUAUGGUCGCAACUCGAUCCCCGAGGACCCGCCCACCCCUCUGUGGGAGCUCAUUCUUGAGCAGUUCAAGGACCAGCUGGUCUUGAUUCUGCUCGGUUCUGCCGCCGUUUCCUUUGUACUCGCCCUCUUUGAAGACGAGGGCGGCUGGAGCGCCUUUGUUGACCCUGCUGUUAUCCUCACCAUUCUUAUCCUCAACGCCGUUGUCGGUGUCUCGCAAGAGAGUAGCGCCGAAAAAGCCAUUGCAGCCCUUCAAGAAUAUUCUGCCAACGAAGCCAACGUCAUUCGAAACGGCGGCCACGUCUCGCGCGUCAAGGCCGACGACCUGGUUCCCGGUGAUAUCAUCUCCGUCUCCGUCGGCAACCGUAUCCCCGCCGAUUGCCGUGUCAUUGCAAUUGAAAGCAACAGCUUCUCAGUCGACCAAGCCAUUCUCACCGGUGAAAGUGAAAGCGUGGGCAAGGAUGCGGCCGCCGUCAUCAAAGACGACAAGGCUGUUCUCCAGGAUCAAGUCAACAUGCUCUUCUCCGGUACUACCGUUGUCGUCGGACGCGCUCGCGCCGUCGUUGCGCUAACCGGCUCCAACACUGCCAUUGGCGACAUUCACGAGUCCAUCACUGCUCAAAUCUCAGAGCCUACGCCUCUAAAGCAGAAGCUCAACGACUUCGGCGACAACCUCGCCAAGGUCAUCACCGUAAUUUGCAUUCUUGUAUGGCUCAUCAACAUUCCCAAUUUCAAUGAUCCCAGCCAUGGAAGCUGGACCAAAGGUGCCAUUUACUACCUCAAGAUCGCCGUCUCUCUCGGUGUUGCUGCUAUUCCCGAAGGUCUCGCCGUUGUCAUUACCACCUGUCUCGCUCUUGGUACCCGCAAGAUGGCCGCCAAGAACGCCGUUGUUCGCAGCCUGCCCUCUGUUGAGACUCUCGGUAGCUGCAGCGUCAUUUGCUCUGACAAGACUGGAACCCUCACUACCAACCAGAUGAGCGUCAACAAGAUCGUCUACCUCACCGAUGCUGGUAAAGAUCUCGUAGAGCUCGAUGUUGAGGGCACUACCUUCUCCCCCAAGGGAGAUAUCCGAAGCAAUGGCAAAGUCGUCAACAACCUGACUGAGAAAUCGAGCACCAUUCAGCAAAUGGCCGAGGUCGGUGCUCUCUGCAAUAAUGCCCACUUGGCCUACGACGAGAAGACUGGUCAAUACUCUAGUGUUGGCGAGCCCACUGAAGGUGCUCUCCGCGUCCUCGUUGAGAAGCUUGGCCCCGUGGCUCCCGCCGGUACUGAUGUCCAUGAGGCUCUUCACUACGCUAGCACCAAUUUUGAAGAGGCCCUUCCUGUUCUUUCCACGUUCGAAUUCUCUCGCGAUCGCAAGAGUAUGUCUGUCAUUGUCGCCGACGGCAAGAAGAAGAAGCUUCUCGUCAAGGGUGCUCCCGAGUCCAUUAUUGAUCGCUGCACUCAGGCCACUGUUGGUGCCGACGGCAAGCGUGUUCCCCUUACCAGCAAGAUUUCCGAGGUCCUGAUGAAGGAAGUUGUCGACUAUGGUAACCGUGGCAUGCGCAUUAUUGCCCUUGCCAGCAUCGAUGAUGUCUCUAAGAACCGUCUCGCCUCUACUGCCAAGACUACUGAGCAGUACGCUGAACUAGAGCAAGAGAUGACUUUCCUCGGCCUCAUCGGUAUGCUCGACCCUCCUCGCCCUGAAGUCCCAAAGUCUGUCAAUCAGUGCAAGGCUGCUGGCAUCCGCAUUAUCGUCAUCACCGGUGAUAACCGCAACACCGCCGAGAGCAUUUGCCGACAGAUUGGUGUCUUUGGCGAGAACGAAGACCUCACCGGCAAGAGCUACACUGGCCGCGAGUUUGACAAUUUGAGCCCCGGCGAGCAGCUCGAGGCCGCCAAACGUGCCUCUUUGUUCUCCCGUGUUGAGCCUGGCCACAAGUCCCGCCUGGUUGAUCUGCUCCAGUCUCUUGGUGAGGUCGUCGCCAUGACUGGUGAUGGUGUCAACGAUGCUCCUGCUCUAAAGAAGGCCGAUAUAGGUGUUGCCAUGGGCUCUGGUACAGAUGUCGCCAAGUUGGCUGCCGACAUGGUCCUUGCCGACAGCAACUUUGCCACGAUUGAGGUCGCCAUUGAGGAAGGUCGCUCCAUCUAUAACAAUACCCAGCAAUUCAUCCGUUAUCUCAUUUCUUCCAACAUUGGCGAGGUUGUCUCUAUCUUCCUCACCGCUGCCCUCGGCAUGCCCGAGGCUCUGAUUCCGGUUCAACUUCUCUGGGUCAAUCUGGUCACUGAUGGUCUUCCCGCUACCGCUCUCUCGUUCAACCCCCCCGACCACGACAUUAUGAACCGCCAGCCCCGCAAGAGAGAUGAAAAGCUGAUUGGUGGUUGGCUAUUCUUCCGCUACCUGAUCAUUGGCACAUACGUCGGUCUUGCCACCGUUGCUGGUUACGCUUGGUGGUUCAUGUAUUACCCAGCUGGCCCCCAGAUUAGCUUCUCGCAGCUUUCACACUUCCACCACUGCUCGACUGAGUUCCCCGAGAUUGGUUGCCAGAUGUUUUCCAACGACAUGGCCAAGGCGGGGUCUACUGUUUCUCUGUCCAUUCUUGUUACGAUUGAAAUGUUCAACGCCAUGAACGCCCUUUCCUCGAGCGAGUCCCUCUUGACUCUGCCUCUGUGGAAGAACAUGAUGCUCGUCUACGCCAUCGCCCUGUCGAUGGCUCUGCACUUUGCUCUGCUCUACACUCCUGUUCUGCAGACUCUGUUUGCUAUUCUACCUCUUAACUGGGUUGAGUGGAAGGCUGUAAUUAUCAUCAGCGCCCCCGUCAUUCUUCUCGACGAGGUUCUCAAGUUCAUUGAACGCCAGUAUUUCAUGCAGAAGAUCACUCCUGUGGCCAAGAAAGAGGCCAAGAAGAACCUAUAA